AACCCCAAGCUCCGCAGGAUGCUCACGCUGCCGUUCUACGUGCCCCAGGAGGUCACAGAAUGGAGACACCUUCAGUGCCUCGGGGAGGAGCUGGUGCAUCUGGAGGAGGCGCUGCGCUUUGUGGAGGACGGCGCGGGAGCCCUCAAGGAGCUGAUGGACAACAUCAACGUCACCGCCCAGGCGCUGAAGGGGGCCGCGCCGAGCUUCAAGUGUGCCUACGGCGCCGAGGUGGUCAACGUGACCGAGUUCCUGAGCACGUGGGUCGGCUUCUGCCAGCGCCUAUUCCUGACGGCGGCCUGAGUCCGCCUCUCCCCUUGGAAUCUGGGUGGCUUCUUAUUUAUUUAAAUAUUUAAGAGUAUAUUUAUUUUUUUGAUGCAUGGUUUGCUAUCUUUUGUGACUGUUCUUCUUAGUCUCCAGUGAUACAUGUGGAUCUUUUAAGAUUCUUCUGUAAGCCCCAGGGGCUCUGAAAAUUCACUUAUUUAUGCCAAAGUAUUUAUUUUUGUACGGAAUCACUGAGUAUAAUUUGUACAGGGAUCAGCCGCUAAGAUUAUUUAAUAAAGUGGACAGCUCAAGUCAAGGUGUUGUCGCUGGGAGAG